AUGUCUGAAGUGUAUUCUGCCUCCGUUACUGCUCCAGUGAACAUUGCCACCCUCAAGUACUGGGGUAAGCGCGACACAAAGUUGAAUCUCCCAACCAACUCGUCCAUAUCUGUCACCUUAGAUCAAGCUCACCUUAGAACCUUGACCACCGUGUCUACUGGUCCACAAUAUCUCGCUUCGAAAUUAUACUUGAAUGGUCAUGAAGAAACUUUGAACAAGCCACGUUUGGUUGCGGUGUUGAUGACCCUCAAGGAACUUCGUAAAGAAGUGGAAGCUAAGGACCCAACCUUGCCAAAAUUCAGUGAUUGGAACUUGUUGAUUGUUUCUGAAAACAACUUCCCAACCGCUGCGGGGUUGGCUUCUUCUGCCGCGGGGUUGGCAGCCUUUGUCACUGCAAUUGCUAAAUUGUAUCAGCUUCCUCAAUCAUUCUCGGAAAUCUCCAAGAUUGCCAGACAAGGUUCAGGUUCAGCAUGCCGUUCGCUUUUUGGAGGGUUUGUCGCCUGGGAAAUGGGAGAACUUGCCGAUGGUAGUGAUUCCAAGGCUGUGGAAGUGGCUCCAAAGUCUCACUGGCCAGAUAUCAAAGCGGCAAUUUUGGUGGUGAGUGCUGAUAAGAAGGACACCUCGUCGACCUCGGGGAUGCAAAUCACCGUCAACACUUCGGAUUUGUUCCAAUACAGAAUCAAGGAAGUGGUUCCAAAGAGAUUUGUGGACAUGAAGGACGCCAUCUUGAAGAAAGAUUUCAAUGCGUUUGCUGAUAUGACCAUUAAGGACUCGAACUCUUUCCAUGCAGUUUGUUUGGACUCCACCCCACCAAUCUUUUACAUGAACGACACUUCCAAGUCCAUCAUCAAGUUGGUCAACUUGAUCAAUGAUCAGAGCAUUGCCAAUGGUGAAGGUUUGAUUGCAGCAUACACUUAUGAUGCUGGUCCAAAUGCCGUCAUUUAUUAUGAAGCCAAGAACGAGGUCAAGAUUUUGAGUACUUUGUACAAGUAUUUUGGUGAAUUGCCAGGCUGGGAAGCUCUUGAUGAUGCAUUGUUAGCUGGGGUCAAGUCGGUGGAAGGCCCAAUUAUUGGGGAAGAUGCGUUUGCUGCUAGUGAUUUCGAUGUUUCAAGAUUGAUCUUGACUGGUAUUGGUGAAGGUCCUCAAGAUACUGACGUCAGUUUGAUCGAUGAAAAAGGUGAACCAAAAUUCUUGACCGCUUAG